AUGGACAACCAACAUGUUUUGUCUAUGGACCGGGGUGAUGAGGGCCCUCCGAUAAGUGCCCACUUCAGCCUGCCUUCGGAGGCUGUCAGCGACUAUGCGCAGACAGUGAAAUCUGCCAAAUCUGGCAAGAAGCCCUUGGGCGUGGCUGGUCAAUUCAUCAGGGCGUCCACUCGGACGCAUGAGGAGAAUGUGCAUUCAUUUGUGGGGCAAGUUCGAAGUUCCGUUGUGGCUGUAGUGGAAAGUGCCUUUGUGGCGAACACAAUGGCAGCGAUUGUGCUGGUGGAUGCUUUCUGCACCUGUGUCGACGUGGACUUCCGCGCUGCAAAAGAGAACACACCCGAGGUCUACAGAAUACUCUCGAACCUUUGCUUGAUUCUGUACACCGUUGAGCUGAUGUUUUUGCUCUGUUUGCAUGGGAUAAAGACUCUCACAGACAAGUUUGUUGCUAUCGAUGCCAUCAUCAUCGUGUCUGGCUGGUUAGAGCUUACUGUGGCAUUGCUUGCUAUAGGGGACUUCCACGGCGCUGUGCUCCUACGAUUGUUGAGACUGGCACGAAUCAUUCGACUGGUGCGGCUCUUGAGGAAAACCCGAGGCUUCAAGGAGCUACAAAAGUUGGUCACCAUGGGCGCCACGUGCAUGAAAGCUCUUGCCUGGUCCUUCCUCUUUUGCUUCAUCAUCAUGACAAUAUGGAGCAUGUUGAUGGUGGAGUUCGUUUACCCAUGCAUCGAACAGAUGCAACAGGAGUCAGGCAUUUUUGACGACUGCGAGUACUGUAGGAAGGCAACUUCCUCCGUCAUGCACGCGAACCUAUUGCUCUUUAAGACAGUCAUUGCUGGAGAUGGCUGGGGGCACAUUGCUGUGCCCGUGCUGGAAGCAUAUCCACUGACAGGUUUCAUUUUUAUAGGAUCCUUGCUGACGCUGGUCUUCGGAGUCCUGAAUCUCAUAGUUGCAGUCGUUGUUGACACAUUUGCAGAAUUCCGUGCCCGGGAUGUCAUGAAGUUGGCAGAGGAGAUGGAUGAGAAUUUUGAGACCGACAGAAAGUUUCUACAGAAGGUGUUCAAUCGCAUGGACAAGGAAGGCAAAGGCGAGCUGACCUUGGACGAACUUGUCGAGGGUGCUCGGCUAGAUCCUGAGUUUCAAAGCAGACUGCGAGUCAUGGACAUUGAUGAGCUGGAUUUGCAGCAGCUAUUUACAAUGAUCGAUGCAGACGGCUCUGGUGCCAUUGAGCCUGAUGAAUUCAUCGGUCCUUUGAGCCGCUGGGUUCACGACUCCAAGACGGCUCCACGGUUUAUCAAGUACAACAUGAUGCAGUCUCUGAACCAGCAGGAAGAGCUUUGCCGCCUUUCAGAAUAUCACUUCAAUGUGCUAGCCAACUGCAUGCGAGAGCUUUAUGCUUCUUUUGGAGAGUUGAAGAAGGAGCAACAACCUGUGCUCACGCGACCGACAAGCAGAAAGGGCACAGCACAAAAAGCUGAGCUCGGCUGCAACUCUGCCACGAGUUUUUCACGCCGCGAAAUGUCGACCAUCUCCCUCGAGUCGGCCCACUACGGCGUUGAGCAGCCGAACUGCUCUACCUUAGACACUGACGAGAUUGAGGUGAAGCAGAUCAGUUCCAUCUCUUCAGAUCCGGACCCCAAGAUGCUCGAGCAGCCGCAGCGAUCACCCUUCAAAGACGGGGAGGAGGGUGAUGCUCUUCGUUCGUAUUCCACACCUGAGAGUAGGUCGGAAAAAGGAUCGGAGAAAGAGUUCCAACGCGCUGAUGAUAUCAUCCGGCUUGCGCUGGAGACGCUGGAGCGUAGCAUGCGUGCUGCCACAGAGGAUGCACUGCGAAAGGCAGCCGAAAAAGUGGAAAACGCGCUGCAGGGCAAGCCGUUAUCGCCAGUUGAAAGGAAGCAGGAGACGCGAGCGAAACGCCCCUCACGCUUCACAGGCUUGCCGGGCUUCCCUGUGGUUGAGCCCUUCCAAUUCAAGCAUUUCGGAAGUGCCAAUGUAUCGCGCGCGGCAUCCUUCUCGCGGUUGUCUUCCCAAGAAAGAAUCAACCUGCCGGAAGACAGCACGGGCUUUGCGAGAAAAGUAUCAGAGGGGAACGCAAUGCCCAGCGAGAAGCCGGGCAUCAGCGUGCUUUCCGAUGAGAUGAACAGUAUUUGGUCCUAUGACUAG